CAAGGCGUCAAACGCGUCAAACAAAUCUGAUUGUAAAUAAAACAGAUUUUACAGUUUUCCGAUUUUGUGAGAAUAUAUCAAGAAUUCUUUAAAUCUUUCAUAUCAGUGUAUUAUAUUAUUAGAUGACACUUGGCCGCAAAUACCAGCAUUCUUCCGGGAAUGCUGGGGAUGUUCGCAAGGUGUAUGCUAACCAGUCGAAGUUGGGAACUCUCUCUGGGUGCUCCUCUUCUAUAUCCCUGUGCGACAUGAUUGAACCACCAGACUAUGAGGAGGUGUGUGACCGCCUCAUGUCGGAGCGGGACCCCCUCGCGUAUCCCGCCAACGACAUCGAGCUGUGUACGGUGCCAAAGAAGAUACGGACUUUACAACAUGUGUUACCUGAUGAGGACCUCACCAAAGCAUCAAUGUUCGUCCGGGACUGCAUCCGCUGCUACACCAUGGACUACACCGUGGUAGAGUACAAAUACAGACACCACUCGUCCUCGGUGUUCAGUCGGGAACGUCUGAAUGAGAGGCUGGAGAAGUUGCAGGCCGGACCGAAGCACUAUUAUGAGAUUGACUCGGACCCACCCAAUGCAUCAACUGAAGAACUGCCUGCACCUCAGUUCGAAUCUCAACCGUCAAGCGGGCGGCAGUCAGUCGCUUCCAUGUCCUCAUCUUCCUCCUGCAAUGAGACCCUCACUCCACGAGGCUCCUGGGCCAGCCUGGACCUCCGCAGUUCUUCCUCUGACCCGCUUCUACCAGACCUGUUUGAGAGGAAACCUCCGGAACAAGUCGAUGCUAUAAACGAGGCUAGAAGAUUAGAAAAUCGCCAAGCUGACCUGAUGGGUCUGUACACGCCGUAUCUGGACGAGGACGAGGCUGUGGAGCGCCGGCUGCCGGCGGAGAUGCCUUGCGAGCUGCAAGGCCACAGGAUUCUGGUCAACUGCCAUCAGCUCAAGCUAGAACUAGACGUGGAGCCGCUAUUCGCUUCCAUGGCCUUGUACGACGCGAAAGAAAAAAAGAAACUGUCAGAGAACUUCUAUUUCGAUUUGAAUUCGGAAUGCACCAAGCACAUGAUCUCCGGGCACGUCUCCCACGCGGACGUGUCCACAUUGAGUCGUAGCGCCAUUUUCGACAUUUUGAAUCCCACUUCUGAUAUAUUCCUGGUGGUUCGCGUCGAGAAAGUUCUACAGGGCGAUGUUAAUGAAUGCGUUGAGCCGUAUAUCAAAGAUGAUAAGAAUCGCGAGAAAGUCCGCACCAGCGCCCAAGCGGCAUGCACCCGCCUGGGUAAAUACAGGAUGCCCCUGGCGUGGAGCUGCGUGUCGCUGUUGAACAUCCUGAGCGGCGGCCAGGGCCCGGAGCGGGACACCAGCGACAAGGAUCUCGCCGCCUGCGACACCAACAGUCUGGAUCGCAAAGCGUCUUCGUCGAGCCUGGAGCAGCUGCGGCGGCGCGCCAACGAGGUGGGGGGCUCGCUGAGCCGCAAGGGCUCCGUGGAGCGCCGCCACGCGCCCGCCGCCGACGAGCUGGCGCACCAGCUCGACCACUUCAAGCCCAUCGUCAUCACGGUCACCAGCUUCUUCAAACAGGAAACCGACAAACUCCGUGACGAAGACCUGUACAAGUUCCUCGCUGAGAUCAAGAGGCCGAGUUCAGCUCCGAAGAAGCUGAAGUGCAUCCCGGGCACGUUCAAGAUUGAGGUGUCUCCGUGCCCCGAGGAAAUAAAGAACGGACUCACACCGGAGUUGGCUAAAUUAAAUUCCUAUGGAGACGACAACAUCCGCCCCUGCAAGGAAAUCCUCCCGUUCCCGAGCCAGCCGGCGGCGGUCCCGCACUACCAGUACCGCAACCUGCUGUACCUGGGCGUCCGGGAGAUCAACCUUAACGCCUACACGUCGCGCACCGGCUCCGCGAGAAACAUCACCGUUCGAAUCCAGCUGAUGUGCGGCGAACAGCAGUCGGGAGCCCUGCCCGCCAUAUUCGGCCGGAGCUCCUGUCCCGAGUUCACUACGGAGGCGUAUACCACGGUUAUUUAUCAUAAUAAGAACCCGUCACUAUACGACGAGAUAAAGUUGAAGCUGCCAGCUGACCUGGGUGACCAGCAUCACCUGCUGUUCACCUUCCUCCACGUGUCCUGCCAGAGGAAACCUGUUGCUCCCGAACAGGAGAAGAAUGUCGACACUCCCGUGGGAUACUCCUGGCUCCCUCUAUGCCGCAACGGGAAACUGACGUGCGGCGAGUUCAACCUGCCGGUGAUGCAAGAGGAGCCGCCUCCCAACUACUCGUACAUCUUCCCGGACGUCCAGCUGCCUGGGACCCGCUGGAUCGACAACCACAAGCCCAUCUUCAGCAUAUGUUUGGAGCCCUAUACUACAGUGCAUCCGCUGGACGGAUACAUCGAACGUUUCGCGAUGGCUUGCGAAGCUGUCCAAGAGGGCAACAUUCCCACCAGGAUCGGGCUGGCCAAUAUGGAGGCGGAACUUCGAGCGAGCAUAUCGGAGCUGCCCACGGCUAACGUUGAGACCCUGGCGAGAUACCUCCCCGUAAUUCUGGACAAGCUGCUGCAGCUGCUGGUGGCGCCCCCCAGCCUGGCCGGGCAGAUCCUCAACAUAGCCCAGGACGUGUUCACAUGCUUGGCCCAGAUCUUUGCUGAUAUCGUGGGCAUGUCGGAGGGCGCCACGUGCGACGCGCACGGGCGCAGCUCCCUCCUCAGCAGCUACAUCCAGUUCCAGUGCAGCCUGCCGCGGCCCGCGCUCACCGACCGCGACAUCGGCCUGCCGCUGCCCCCCGCUGUUCUGACCGACAGUUCCUGCAAGAUAUUGCACGAGGAGUUGGCUCUGCAGUGGGUGGUGGCAAGCGGGGCUACCAGAGAUCUGGCUAUGCACAAUUCUUGGGCCCUGUUCGAGCUGAUGGUGAAGUCUAUGGUGGAAUAUCUAUACUGGAGCGGCGCCCACGAAGCGCCGAGGAAGGCUCGCUUCCCGGAGCAGUUCACGGAUGAUUUGACCACACUUGUCAACAAUGUCACUUCGGAGAUCAUUUCUAGAUACGGCAAGAACAGCCGGCUAACGCAAAGCCUGAACAACAGUUUAGCGUUCUUCCUGUUCGAUCUGCUGAGCGUAAUGGACCGCGGAUACGUGUUCAACUUGAUACGGAGUUACUACAAGCAGAUGUCGGCCAAGAUCGCAUCGCUGCCUGAUGCGGUACCGCUUGUUCACUAUAAGCUCGCGUUCCUUCGCAUAAUCUGCUCCCACGAACACUACGUGUCCCUUAAUCUGCCGCCGGCUCCCAGCAGCGGUCCCGGGACUGUCUCCCCGGCGCCAUCUUCUCAUUCCCUGGCGUCCCAGUCCAGUGUAUCAGCCGUCCAGCAUCAGUUGAGCCACGAGUUCCGUUCAAGGCACUACAUGGCGGGGCUCUUGCUAACUGAGCUGACCAACGCUUUGGAGCUGCAGAGCCCAGUGCUACAAGGCGCGGCUGUAAACAGCGUGGCCGCGUUGCUAUCAGCGCACGACGCGGACACACGUCUGUCGCGGCCGGAGGUCCGCGCGAGACUGGCCGCUCUCUACCUGCCGAUACUGGGCGCCGUGAUGGACGCGCUGCAGCAGUUGUACCGCGGCACUCACGGGAAAGACGUUCUUCAACUCGACAGCGAUCUAGGCCAGUUCGGUAAUUUGUAUUCGGCACCAUCGCCCGAUGGAGAAUUCAAGCAGAGCGGCCGAGCCCCUUUCAACAGCGAAACCAGCCGCAACCUGCUCAUGUGCCUGGUGUGGGUGCUGAAGUGGACGGAGCGCGGCGCGCUGGCGGCGUGCGCGGCCGAGCUGCCGCCGGCGCGGCUGCGCGCGCUGCUGGCGCUCAUCGACCUGUGCUUCAAGUGCCAGGAGUAUAAGGGCCGGAAAGAAAUCAUGAAGUGUGCCCAGCAGAACGUGCGCAAGACGACCGAUAUCAAGGCCAAGCUGGAGGACGUUAUCCUGGGACAAGGGUCAGCCAGGUCCGACUUCAUCAUGAGGAGAAAAGCGGGGUCUACUGCAGGCUGCAAGCGCGAGCGAUGGCGGAAAGGUGAGUGGAGCCGCGGGCGGGAGCCGGUCUCGCAGCAAGCGAGCGGAGCGCCCGAUCUGUCCGCUUCGCUCGCCGCUGAAGUGUCGUUGACCUUGUUGCACGCUUUGGAGACUAUUGUACAGACAUGCAGUAAUCUGGACUGCGGACAAAGCGUGUGUACCGCCGCGUUGCAAGUGAUAUUACGCGCGUUACAACGCAACCAGAGCACGGUAGUGUUGCAGCACAUGUUCGCGAGUGUUCGCGCGCUCAUCGCCAAGCUGGGCUGGUCGUGCUGCGGCGAGGAGUCGGGCACGUGCCGCGUGCUGCUGCGGCACUGCGCCGCGCCCGCGCCGCCCGCGCGCGCGCACGCCGCCGCCACGCUGUACGCGCUCAUGCGGCAGCACUACCAGCUGGGCAACAACUUCAGCCGCGUAAAGAUGCAAGUGACGAUGUCCCUGUCUUCCCUCGUGGGGACUUCCACCACCUUCAGCGAGGAGUCUCUGCGGCGGGCGCUGAAGACUAUACUGGUUUACGCGGAACAUGAUACCGAUCUACAAGGGACUACCUUCCCGGAACAGGUGAAAGACUUAGUGUUCAAUCUACACAUGAUCCUGUCCGACACGGUCAAGAUGAAGGAGUUCCAGGAGGACCCCGAGAUGUUGCUGGACCUGAUGCACCGUAUAGCCCGAGGGUACCAGCACAGCCCCGAUCUGAGACUCACGUGGCUGAACAAUAUGGCGCAGAAGCAUAUGGAACGCUCCAACCACGCGGAGGCCGGCAUGUGCCUGGUCCACGGGGCGGCGCUGGUGGCCGAGCAGCUGUGCGCCGGAGGCCGGGGCGCCGCGCUGCUGCAGCGGGUCACCCACAACGCGCUGGACGAGAGCUGCGCGGACACGCUGCAUCACCAUCUCACGCAUCACGAGCUGCAGGCACUCCUAGAGCAUGCAGCCAGCGAGCUGAUGACGGCCGGCAUGUACGAGACAGUUAACGAGGUGUACAAAGUUCUCAUUCCCAUAGCCGAACAACACCGGGACUAUAAGAAGCUCGCCAACAUUCACAGCAAACUGAACGAGGCCUUCACUCGUAUAGAGCAACUGCACGGCAAGCGUGUGUUCGGCACGUACUUCAGGGUGUCGUUCUACGGCGCCCGCUUCGGCGACUUGGACGGCGACGAGUUCGUGUACAAGGAGCACGCUCUCACCAAACUGCCGGAGAUCUUCAGCAGGCUCGAGAACUUCUACGGUCAGCGCUUCGGUCCUGAGAACGUGGUCAUCAUAAAGGACUCCAAUAACGUUGAGCCCAGCACGUUGGACCCUGACAAGGCGUACAUUCAGAUCACGUACGUGGAGCCGUACUUCGAGCCGCACGAGCUGAGGAAAAGGGUCACGCAUUACGAGCGGAAUUAUAAUAUCAAGCGCUUCAUGUACGCCACGCCGUUCACGGCCAGCGGGCGCGCGCACGGCGAGCUGGCGGAGCAGUGCAAGCGCAAGACGAUCCUGACGACGGCGCACCACUUCCCGUACGUGAAGACGCGCGUGCCCGUCGUGCAGCGCGCGCAGCUCGUGCUGGCGCCCGUCGAGGUCGCCAUCGAGGACAUCCAGAGGAAGAUCAACGAGCUGGCGGCUGCCACCAGCCAGGAGCCGGCGGACGCCAAGAUGCUGCAGAUGGUGGUGCAGGGCUGCAUCGGCACCACCGUCAACCAAGGGCCGCUGGAGCUCGCCCAGGUAUUUCUGGCGCCGGUGGCUGACGGCACACAGCCCCCCACGAGAUUGACCAACAAACUGCGGCUCGCGUUCAAGGAUUUCUCCAAAAAAUGUCACGACGCCCUGAGGAAGAACAAGAACCUGAUAGGCAGCGACCAGCGCGAGUACCAGCGCGAGCUCGAGCGCAACUUCCAGCGGUUCACGGAGAGGCUGGCGCCGCUCAUACAGCACACGCCGGGCCACGUGGCGCAGCUCAGCAAUGGCUUGAGCAAACACGACUACAAGUAUCAGGCAUAAAUUGCCCUCAGAAUAUACCAAGAUGGCUGGAUCUGGUGAUAAAAUUAAAAUGAUUAUCUUAAGAGUUAAAAUACUCUCGUUUUUAAGAUAUUAUGUAUUGCAUUUAAUUAGGUUUGUAGUACUCCAUAAUAUUUUAUUAUGCUCUCUAUAAUAAUAUAUUUAUUUUCAUAAAUAAUCGUGCAUCGUUUGUAUUUAUUUAGGAAAAGAAUAUAUUUUUCAUUUCAACUGGUACUUAAACAAUGCAGAAAUGUUGUAGACAUUUUGGAAAAUGUAUUCAGUAAAUUAGACAUGUCUUGAAUUUGAUUAAAUAAAUAAUAAUUUUCAGUAUUAAAAUUUAUAUGAUUAUUAAAUGUAUUGUGUAUCGUAGUUUAUAUAUUAUUUAUAACCUUUGUUUAUGACAAAUAAAAGAAUUCUAAUACUUGUAAA